AUGCGUUUCUCCACCACCGUCGUCCUCGCAGCUACUGCUGUCAGUGCUGCCUCCAUUACCCGACGCGACACCUUCGAGUUCCCCGAGAACGUUCCUCUGGCUGAGAAGCGUCAGGAGCCUGGUACCCCCCGCUACGAGUGCCACGCCAACUGCGGUAAUGCCCUGAAGAUCUCUAGGGAGUCGGACUUCAGCUGUGACAACUCCGAGUUCACCAGCCAGUUCAACGCCUGUCUUGACUGCGCCCUUGAAUUCGACAUCUGGCAGUACUAUGGCAGCGGAUUGACCACCGCCGCCGGCAAGUGCGGUCUCAAUGCCACCCCCAAGCCCACUGGCAGCGACUCCAGCAGCGCCGCCCAGUCGACUUCCGCUGCUCCCACCUCCGCUGCUCCCACUUCAGCUGCCCCUACUUCCACAGCCGCGUCCUCAGCUGCCCAGACCUCGGCCGCCGAGACCUCUGCCGCUUCCUCUAGCGCUGCUGCUUCCUCCAGCGCCGCCGCCUCCUCCAGCGGUGCUGCUCCCUCAUCCUCUGCCGUUCAGACUGGCGCAUCCAGCUCCGCCUCCGCCUCCAGCGGCGCUGUUGCUUCCACCACCCCGGGCUCUGCUGUCAGUACCCCCACCUCCGCUGUCCCUACUUCCGCUGUCCCUACUUCCAGCAUCGCUGGUGGCAACUCCACCAUCACCACUGGCUCCCCCAACACCCCCGUUCCUACUGCCGGAGCUGCCCAGCUCUUCGGCUCCAAGGUUCUGGUUGCUGGCGCUGCCAUCUUCGCUGCCGUCAACAUGAUGUAA